GGCCGGCGCGCCCUCCAUGCGGCCGCCCAGCAUGUCCGGGCACUGUCUGCUCGCGCCCAUCCCCGAGUCCUCCUCCGAUUGCCUCCCGCCCAAGGACAUCAAGCUGGCCGUGCUGGGCGCCGGCCGCGUGGGCAAGAGCGCAAUGAUCGUGCGCUUCCUCACCAAGAGAUUCAUCGGCGAUUAUGAACCGAAUACAGGCAAGUUGUAUUCACGGCUCGUCUACGUAGAGGGGGACCAGCUAUCCUUGCAGAUUCAGGACACCCCCGGGGGCAUCCAGGGUCCCUUUGAUCUUAUUUUGAGUCCGCUCCCUCUGCGGGCUUCCUUGAUCCAGACUCGAGUUGAUCUUUCUCAGGUCCAAGACAACCUCCUCCAGGUAGCUGAUCCUCUGUCCAGGUGCGUGCAGUGGGCAGACGGCUUUCUGCUGGUCUACUCCAUCACGGACUACGACAGCUACCAGGCCAUCCGCCCCCUCUACCAGCACAUCCGGAAGGUCCACCCUGACGCCAGGGUCCCCGUCGUCAUCGUGGGCAACAAGGGGGACCUUCUGCAUGCCCGGCAGGUGCAAACGCGUGAUGGCGUUCAACUAGCCAACGAGCUGGGCAGCCUGUUCCUUGAAAUUUCCACCAGUGAAAACUACGAGGACGUCUGCGAUGUGUUUCAGCACCUCUGCAAAGAGGUGAGCAAGUCGCACGGCGUCAGCGGGGAGAGGAGGAGAGCCUCCAUCAUUCCCCGGCCGCGCUCUCCCAACAUGCAAGACCUCAAGAGGCGCUUCAAGCAGGCUCUGUCUUCCAAAGUCAAAGCCCCCUCUGCGCUGGGGUGAACCCGGCUCACCCAGACUUGCCUCCUUUUUACUGAGCGUUUGUGCAGCCGAAAAGACUGGGGAUCUCCCUUUUUAGCCGCACAUUCAAAGUUUAUUUUUAUACAGACCUUGGUUUUCGAGUGUAUGUGUGUUUCUGAAAAUUCAGUGAUUGCCUAGAAGUUGGAUAGUUUGUUUUUUUUUAUUAAACUAAAUUUUUUUUUUUUUUUACUGUAACUGCUAGCCACUUUUCCAUUAAAGGCAAAAUGGCAACAUGG